GCGGGGCUGCGGCAGUGAUGAUGGCGGCGGCGGCGGCGGCAGCGUGGGUCUUGUCGCGGGCUGGGCUGCGCCUGGGGAGGUGGAGACUGGUGGAUUCUCAUCUGGCAGCUGGCGUUCCUAAGCUUAGUUAUCAUUUUGCAUCAUCUCACAAGUACGUUCCCAGGCGAGCUGUGCUGUAUGUACCUGCAGAUGAUGAAAAGAAGAUACGAAAAAUCCCGUCACUAAAUGUAGAUUGUGCAGUGCUGGACUGUGAAGAUGGCGUGGCUCUGAACAGAAAGAGAGAAGCAAGAAUGACCAUUGUGAAAAGCCUUGAUGAAUUUGACUUUGGCCAGGCUGAAAAGUGUGUUAGGAUAAACUCUGUGUCCAGCGGUCUUGCAGAAGAAGAUCUGGAGGUGCUUUUGCAGUCCAAGACCCUUCCUUCAAGCAUGAUGCUGCCAAAGGUUGAAAGUGUUGAAGAAAUAAAAUGGUUUUCAGACAAAUUCUUACAUCACCUAAAAGGCCGAACACUUGUAGAGCCAAUGAAUUUUAUACCCUUUGUGGAAACUGCAGUGGGCUUGCUGAAUUUUAAGGCCGUCUGUGAAGAAGCACUGAGAAAAGGAUCCCAGGUUGGCCUUCAUUUGGACGCAGUUGUCUUUGGAGGAGAGGAUUUUCGUGCCAGCAUAGGUGCAACAAGCAGUAAGGAAACUCAUGAUAUUUUAUAUGCCAGGCAAAAAAUAGUAGUCACGGCAAAGGCAUUUGGCCUUCAAGCAAUAGACCUUGUUUACAUCGAUUUCCGAGAUGAAGAUGGGCUCCGCAGGCAAUCAAGAGAAGGUGCCUCAAUGGGAUUCACUGGUAAGCAGGUGAUUCACCCCAACCAAAUUGCUGUUGUCCAGGAACAGUUCUCUCCGAGCCCUGAAAAAAUAAAGUGGGCACAAGAACUGAUCUCCGCUUUUGAAGAACAUCAGCGAUUAGGCAAGGGAGCGUUUACUUUCCAGGGGAGCAUGAUCGACAUGCCAUUACUGAAGCAGGCACAGAACAUUGUUACGCUUGCCACAGCCAUCAAGAAAAAAUGAGCUGGUAAAUGAAGCUCUCACCAUGGGGCCCCAGUAGCUGUUUUAAAAGAUGACUAUAAUACUUGAGGGGGAAAAAAUUAAAGACAUCAAGCUUAAGCAGAAAUUCAUUUCCAUUUUGCAGAUCUGUUGUAGUUUGCUUGAGAGAAUUGCUAAUUACUAAAACUAUUUCUGACUCAACCCACUGAUUGGUCCUGCAAGGCCCAUGGACUGCAGGGACUCAUGGCCUGCAACAAAGUUACAUCAACAACUGUGUGACCUCACAAAAAUUGCUAUGAAUGCAGGAUUAUGACUUCACUGAAGGAAAAGCAAAAUGUAAGCCCUGGGCUCCAUCAGAAGAGCAGAUGAAAACCGAGUCAGUCACUCUGUAUCUACACUUAUUCCCACUCUGCUGUUGAAUUCCGUUCAGAGAGGACAAAACCUCUAAUAAUUACACAUCGAUUGAAAUAAUUGCCAUGAAAAUCAUGACCCUAUGCGGGCUUCCUAUUCCCCACUCU